AUGGCACUUUCCAAGAAGCCAGAGGGCUUUUUGAGCCGCAACGGAAAGCCUAAGCUAAGAAUUUUACUGUCUGCCCUGCUAGUUGUGGUCGCUCUGGUUAAUGUGUUUUCUGAACAACUGGCUGUAAGCUUCAAUUUCGAGUCAUUCUGGUCUUUCAGAAAGGCACCGAAAAAGAAUGUGAUAUUUUUUGUUACUGAUGGGAUGGGUCCAGCUUCGUUAUCAUUGAGUAGAUCUUUUAGGCAGUACACGCAAGACCUGCCCAUUGACGACGUUUUGACCCUAGAUGACCAUUUCAUAGGUUCCUCCCGUACAAGGUCUUCUGACUCUCUAAUCACCGACUCUGCAGCUGGUGCCACUGCUUUCUCCUGUGGUUUAAAAUCAUACAACGGUGCGAUUGGUGUCGACUCAGAUAAGAACCCAUGUGGUACACUGUUGGAGGGGGCCAAACUGCAAGGUUAUUUAACUGGUCUAGUGGUUACGACUAGGAUUACGGAUGCUACACCGGCAGCAUUCAGUGCUCAUGCGGACUACCGUUUCCAGGAAGAUCUUAUCGCCUUACAUCAACUAGGUGAAUAUCCAUUGGGUCGCUCAGUAGACUUAAUGCUAGGUGGUGGUCGUACCAAUUUUUACCCCCCUGAUGCAGACUCCAAGUACGGUUCCCAUGGCUCUCGUGCGGAUGGAAGAAACCUGAUCAAGGAAGCACAAGAAGACGGCUGGCAAUACGCUGGUUCUCGUGAAGAAUUCGACCAGUUACAAAAUGGCCACAAUGUCUCAUUACCACUUCUAGGUCUUUUCGCAGAUAAUGACAUCCCAUUUGAUAUUGACAGAAAGGAUGACGAAUAUCCAUCUUUGGAAGAAGAAGCCAUGACCGCUAUCAACGCAUUGACUAAAGCAACUGAGGAUUCGGAUAAAGGUUUCUUCUUGAUGAUUGAAGGAUCAAGAAUUGAUCAUGCAGGUCACCAAAACGAUCCAGCGGCUCAGGCAAGAGAAGUGCUGGCUUUUGAUCGAGCUUUUAAGGCUGUCAUUGAAUAUGUUGAAAACUCUGACACUGAAACAAUUAUUAUUUCAACUUCUGAUCAUGAAACCGGAGGAUUGACUAUCGGAAGACAGGUCACUCCUCAAUAUCCUGAAUACAUCUGGUUCCCAAGGAUCUUGGAACAGGCGAACCACUCUGGUGAGUACUUAACCAGUAAAUUUUUGGCAUUCAAGGACAGCGCAAGUAAGAAAGAUGAGCGUUCAUUUGUGAAGGAAGAGCUCUUCGAAAAAGGUUUGUCCAUCAAGGAUUAUACUGAAGACGAUGUUGACGCCAUCAUCUCGGCGCCAGACUCCGGAAGAAUCAAGGAUAAGUUAAACGAUAUGGUCUCUUUCAGAGCAGAAAUUGGCUGGACCACACAUGGUCAUAGCGCCGUUGAUGUCAACAUUUAUGCUUACGCGAACAAGGAGAGCACUUGGAAGACUUUGUUGCAUAAAUUGCAAGGUAAUCAUGAAAACACAGAGAUUGGCCAGUUCAUGGCUGAUUUCCUUGAGAUUGAUUUUGCUGAGGUCACUGAGAAAGUUCGCGACACUAAACAUUCGCCUAAAGCAGCCGAUGUUAGUGCACAAUCUGAUCUACACGACGAGUACUAUCAUAAAUUGAACUAA